AUGAACCCGUUCAAUACAGAGUACGUCCCACAAUGCCCUCUCGAUCCUGUCAAUCCUAUCGAUCCUGGACCUCGCCCUCGCCCUCGCCCUGGUCCUAGUGAUCCGACGCCGACCUUGAUUGUCGCAGCAUUCUUCCCCAGACACAUACCACAUACUCACCGACCAAGCAAGCUGACUCUUCUCUUCUCUGCACAGCGUAACAUCCCGACCCGCGGCCUCCGACCCGUCUACUAUCUUCUUGCCUGCGGCGCCGUGGUGGCCUACGGUUGGCGCCAGGUCUUCAUCGGCCAACGCGAGAAGCACGAGAUGGCCCGCGAGAAGAUGUGGGCGCGCAUCCACCUGAUUCCGUUACUGCAAGCCGAAGAAGACCGCGACCAGGUCCGACGCUACUAUGCCGAUUUGGCACGAGAGAAGGAACUGCUGGGCAGUCAGAGCGGCGCGUACAAUAGUAACAGCUGUGCUGUGCAGGAUUGGGCGAAACUGCGGCCUUUGUUGCAUUGA